AUGCUUCGCGCAACUUUCUUGGUCCUACUCCUUUCAUUUACACUCCUUCAAGUUGAUUUAUUAAAGUUUCAUUUCCAGAAGCCAGGAUUAGGUCAAUCGACCCUUGCCGCAACCCGUGCAGAAGAUAUUAAGCAGAAACUUAAAGAGGCUCAUUCUGAUUACAUUCGUUGGGGAUUUCCUGCUGAUGAAGUCGCACCAUUAUCUAAAAAUGGUUCAAACACACUUAAUGGUUGGGGAGCUACCCUUGUAGACAGCUUGGACACACUUUACAUGAUGGGCCUACACGACGAAUUCGAGGACGGGCUUAAGAAGACAGCCAAGAUUGACUUCAGUCGAAGUUAUGUUAAUCAGCUGACGAGUGUUGUAUAUACACCACAAUGUCAACAGACAGUAUCAAUCUUUGAAACCACAAUCCGAUACCUUGGUGGAAUACUGACAGCGUAUGAGUUGACUGGACAAACUCGAAAAGACCUCUUAGAUAGAGCUCAUCAAUUGGGUAAUAAACUAGCAUAUGGAUGGUCAAAUUCUUCACAUCCAAUUCCUUAUGGAUUUUUAAACUUUACCACCAACAAACCAAUAAUUGAUACGACCAAUAUAGCAGAAGCUGGUACACUUAUCUUGGAGUUUGACCGCUUGAGUCAUUAUACUGGCAACGACACCUUUCGCGCCUUGGCUGACAAAACUAUGAAAGCUCUUAUGAAUCUUCCCAACGAGUUUCCCGGGCUACCUUCUCGGGAAAUAUAUCCAGGAAAUUCUAGUUUUGUUGGUGACUAUAUCACAUGGGGUGGUGGUAUAGACUCGUACUUUGAGUACCUGCUGAAGUAUGCAAUGCUGGUUGAUAAUCGGGAUCCUAGAUACCUUGAAGAGUGGAAAAAAGCAGUUUACUCAUCGAUCAAGCAUUUAUUAACUGUUUCGAACGGACAUACCUACCUCGCAGCUUAUUCUAAAAGCCGAAAAGGACUUCAAUACGUAGUUUCUCAUUUUGAAUGCUUUGUUGGAGGAAACUGGCUCUUAGGUGGAAAGUUCAUCGGUGAUGAAACGAUCGUCAAAUACGGUUUACAAUUAAUCGAUACUUGUAUGUAUACAUACACAAGUACGGAGACUGGGCUGGGUCCUGUAGUCUUCCGCUUUCUGGGACCUAAUGGAGAGGUCACUGGACCAAAUAUGACUGCACAGGACCAAGCAUUUAACAAGAAGCAUGGCUUUUAUAUUUCAGCUGCUGAUUAUCUAUUACGGCAAGUCUCUUCUAUAAAAUUUUCAUUGAAAGUAUUCAACACCCUAAAACUUAUAAAAGUAACCAUUUGUUUGAACUUUAGACCUGAAGUCUUAGAAUCAGUUUUUUACGCCUGGCGUAUGACAGGUGAUGAAAGGUAUCAAGAAUUCGCAUGGUCCACAUUCAAAGCAUUAAAUAAGUAUUGUAAAGCACCUGCAAGUUAUGCUUCUAUAUUGUAUGUUAACGAUGCUAAAAAUGUUACUCAAAUCGAUGACUCUGAAAGUUUUCUCUUUUCUGAGACGUUCAAGUAUCUAUACUUAAUAUUUGCACCAGCUUCUCAUUUUUCGCUUGAUGAAUACGUCUUCAACACUGAGGCACAUCCGUACCGCUACAAUGGGUGUUAA